AUGGAAGGAUAUAGCAUGGAUGAAGAUGAAUUAAAGCAAUUAUACGCUUGGAUUGAUGGAAUACCUUUAAGUAGGCAGAAAAAGAAUAUAACUAGAGACUUUAGCGAUGGAGUUUUGGUUGCUGAGGUAGUACAUCACUUCUUACCUAAGUUAGUAGACCUUCAUAAUUUCUCUCCAGCGAACUCUGCAACACAGAAAGUAGACAACUGGAAUGUACUAAAUCGGAAAGUUUUCACAAGGCUAAAUUUUCAUUUACCAGAGGACGUUUUGCAAAGUAUCGUAAAAUGUAAACCGGGCGUAGUUGAAUUUCUGUUGAAUAAUCUUAGACUCAAGCAAAUACAUCAUCAACGCCGCGGUCAGUCAUCACAGAAUAGUAAUCAGGCUUUUGCUGGACAACCUUCCACUUAUCCUGAUUCUCAGACUAACACUAAAAGUAGAAAACCAAGUAACGGCUACGGGCAAAAUAUAAAUCAUAGACCGGUAAAAGGCAGUAAAUCUCAACCUGUGAGUCAAGAAGCAGUGAUAGCCAUGGAAGAAAAGACGCAAGCUCUACUUGCUUCACAAGAGACCAUACAAAUUUUACAAGCUAAAAUACGGAGAAUUGAACACUUGCUUCAUUUAAAGGAUUUAAGAAUUGAAGAAUUACAGUCAAGACUUAUAUCUUAUGAAUCCAAAGGCGAUCGUAGAUAG